CAGCCUACAUUCCUGUGUUGUUUUGAAUCCGGAGACAGGCAGAAGGCGAUAUUAUUUUCGAUUCUUUUUUUCUCCUUUUCUGCUCCAUCGCUGGCCUGUCGCACAAUUCCAUGAGGAUAUUCGCCGUGCUCGUAAUAUGAAUGAAAGAGUACCCCGAUGUCUCCGCUAAGUCCCAUGAAUGCAGUAGCAGGACAUGGCUUCUUCCAGCCGGCUUACUUCAAGAACAAAAUCCAAUCUCUUAGAUGACCUUGACCUACAGCCUGUCCGUGAGGUCAGAGGUCGAGUACUGAAUGAUGUACCUCACGGCGACGAUUCCUCUCCUCCCUCUCCAGAAGUGAAGUUCAACUUUGUCAACGUCGCUCUUCCUAAAUUGCCGAAAGGAGGAGCAGAGGACUAUGAGAGACCAAAUGAGAAAACGGCAAGAUCUAAACUUAGGAAGGACAUGGAACCCAAGAAGGAACGACAGAGAAGGGCCGAAGAUUUGCAGAAAAACAUGGAUGAAGGACGCCGUGAAUUUGUCUCACAGCUUUUAAGGCGGGGUGUUCCAGUGUGGGAGGAAGUGUCAGAAGAGGAACAUAAUAGUAGAUUUAUAGGAGGAACGAAUCCAUUUCAGUAUCAGCAAAGAAGUAGGAGCAGAGAUGCAACAAAUGUAACCCUGCGCAGUACUUAUCAGAAAUCCAGCAAGGUCCCCUCAGCAGUUUGGGAAGAUGUCUCAAAAUUACCUGUCAUAUCCCAGAACAUUCCAAGCGAAGAUGGCUUUUAUUCAGAUGGCUCCAGUCGUAAUAACACAGAAAGGAAAGGAAAUAACAUUCUCGACAAUGAUGUCCAAGGGAGUCGAGAAGAUGUCCGCAAUGACUAUGAUGAAGGCCCUGAGCAGCACAAAGAAACACUUCAGCAGUCUCCCUCAGAGAUGCAGCAGGCCUCGCAGACCAAUUCACCUGGCCGACCAUCAGAACACUCCCCGACACAAUGCUCAAAUACUCCCGAUGACUUGCUAAUUCAAGACUCAGCCAGAGGGCAUCAAAGUCAUCACAUGGUCAUGGAUGAUGAGUCUAGUCACGCAGAAGGCAGGGAGGAGAUCCCCGAGAGAAGUGCCAUAAAGAUGAAGAGAAAGUUUGGGGGAAAGAUUGAUGAAAGUGUUAUAACAACCAGAAGCUGGCGAGUUGGAGAACGUUUAGCUAGGGAGCGUUAUGGACCCCUGCCACAAGCACCUCAGAAUGAAGACCAGAAAGACAAAGGAGAAGAAGAGAAACAUGAGAGAGAAUCCACAAGAGAAAGUAGGUACAAAAGAGAUCUUUCAGCAUCUUCCCGGGAUGAAAUGCAACCACCAAGAUCACGGCAAAGAUUUACUAGCCAGAAAGAUGAAGCAGAGAGGGAACCAGCCCCACCCAAAACCCCACCGAGAGUGCGCAGUUACAAGCAAGAGGAAAUCCAAAAGUAUAUGGAAAGCAAGCGAUCAGAAAGGCUGAAAAACUUGAAGGAAAUGAAGACCCAAAGGCAAUUAGAAAAAAUAAAAAAGGAGGAGAGAUUAAAAGAACUGGCUCAGAAAACUAAGGAAUUAGCACAGACUGGCAAGAAGCAAAGUGUUCCUGACCGUGAGAAAAAUCAAGAUGUUAAUUCAAAGGGUGAUGCUCAUAUUGAGGAUCCUCAGUGGGGCUGUCCAAGUAAUUGCCACCAUGACACUGUCCAGAACCCAAGUCUUAACCCAGGAGUCCAAAAUACCAUUGAUCCAGCACAAGUGAAUGCUAAAUCUAAAGAUGAAAGUUCUGCUAAGAAGGGAAGAAUUGAAAAAAUUAGUGAACCUAGUGGGGAAAAGAUUGAAGGUGCAAAAGUUGCACAUACCAAAAAGACAAAGAAAGAGGGGAAAAAGAGAAGAAAAAAGAGAACAGUGUCUUUGAGUGAUAGUGACAGCAUAAGUGAAAUUGUAAGUAGAACCCUUGAGGAGUGUGAGAGACAGGUCAGAUCUUCCAGUAUUUCCCUUGAAAGCAUCUCUUCGUCAUCCUCUGUAUCCUUAAGUUCCUCAGACAGUGAGAUGAAGAGCAGUGAAUCACAAUCUAGUACCUCAAGCUUUGACUUGCGACCAAAACCGCGGGUACUCUCGCUAGGUCAAAUGGCACAGAAACUUACAAGUAGAAUUGAAAAAGAAGAGGAAAAUCUACGGUUAAAUACCGGUCAGAAGAGGGAAGGAGAACCAGACAAUGUGCCUUUGCAUCACUCAAAAGUCUCAAAAACUGGAGUGAAGGAAAUUCCCCCUAGGGAAUCUCUCUCUUACUCCCAGAUACAGACGCUCUCAGUGGAUGAACUGAUAGCAAGAAUGACUGCCAUGCUUCCUCAGAAUGCCUCAAGAGUGCAAGGAAGGGUGGAUCAAAUUCCUACUCAGACAACUAACACUAAACAAAAUGACCCCAUAGAAAGAAACACUCAAGCAUCUUUGACACCUCAGUUGAUUCAUCAGAGAUUGAGGCAGGAGCAGCAGAGUCGCAAGCAGACUCCAUCACCCAGAAUAACUGCAGCAGAAAAGGAAGACAUACCUGAUUUAUUACCACCAGAGAUACCAACAUUACAACUGUCAGGAGGUAAUAUUGCCAGGCCUCAUGCAGGCACUUCAGUCCCUCAACCAAAGGUGAACACUCUUCUUUCUUUGCCAGGAAAUAACAUCCCAUCAACAAAGGGCCAGUUGGUGCAAGAGGUCCCGAAUGGUUCAUCAGCAUUCCAGUUCAUAGGAUACAAUCCUCAGAAUGUCCCAGGGGCACCAGAGCCACAUUCUUAUGGAAGGAGAAACAUGAUGGAAAAAGCUGCUUUGUGUAUUCAGUCAGUUUAUAGGGGCUAUUGUGUACGAAAGGUUACAAGCGCAAUAUUGGGGAAAAAAUUUGGAAGACCUAUAAAGAAAACUGCAAAAGUGAGUCAGACAAUUAGAAUAGGCAACAGCAAACAACAUAUCAACACAGUGCAAAAUAAAUUCUUUAAGAAACACAAUUUAAAGACAGACCAGCCUAAUAGAGGAGAGUUGUCUUCAAGUGAGGAGUGCAACGAGGUUGACUGGAGGAAAAUCAGAAUGGAGUUAGAAAACAAGAGCAUGAUACCCAGGAGAGAUGCCCCCUACAUCUUUAAGAAAACAGAUUUACCAGAGUGGAUCAAGCCAUACAUUGUUUUAAGUGAGACUGGAAAUAUUGACAACUUCAUUGACAGCAGAGGCAGGGAACAAGAGACUGUAGGACACAUGGCAGCAGAGGGAGAGCACACUCGUCACCCCCAGAGAAAUAUUGAGAAUAAUGACAGCGACAAGGAAAAUAUUGAAGGUUUAGAUAAAACUGAGUUGGAUGCUACACUAACAGAAGGACCAAUAUCUGAUGCUGAUAAGAGAGAAACUCAUAAUGUACAGGAAAAAGAAACCCAGACAAAUCUUGAUGUAAUGAAACAUGAGAAGAGGAGAAAAGAAAAAACAAAAGACCAAAAGAACCAGAAACUUAUAAGAGAACCAGACAAAAAUACAUUUGUAGACUUGAAGAAAACCUUUACAGGUGAAAAGACCUUGCUGUUAAGUAAUGCAGAUGCUAGUGUGAAGAGUACAGAAAUUGAUGGAGCUGUGGCAGUGAAGGCUAAAGCACCAGCAGUAAAGUAUGUUAAUGCUGAGACAUCAAAAGCUUUAAAAUCUAUGUUGAAUAGAUCAGAAAAACAUGAAGUAACUAUAGAGGAAGGCCCUUUAGAGGAAGAAUCACAAUAUGUUGCUGUUAACACACAGUCUAAAGUGUCUUCCAGUGAAAGUGAAAGACCCUACCCUUCAGACCUUGAAGAAGGAGAAAUACUGGGGUCUUCUGGGGUUCAGGAAACCCCAGAUUCCUCUGUGGGUGAGGACGAUAUACAAGCUCCACAUCAGUUACUGGGCAAGGGACCCCACUUUGCCCCUGCCAGCUUGAGGUUGAGGCUGAAUGCAGAGCUUAUGUAUCAAGACACAUUAGGUGAAGCUCUCAGUCAGCUCCGUGAUGCAGAACAGUUCCGGAUACUUUCCAAAAGCAGCCAAGAAGCCAUAGCUUACUCACAGUCAUUAGCUCUGGAACAUCAGGAGAGAUUAGCAGAGGAACAGAGAAAGAAAGAAGAGGAAAAGAAAAAAGAAGAAGAAAAGAAAAGACAGGAAGAAGACAAGAGAAGAAAAGCAGAGGAAGACAGGAAAAUUAGAGAAGACCAACAGCGGCAUCAAGAGGCCCUGCUCAGUGUAGAGAGGAUGGAGAAGGAGGCAAAAGAUCGUCUCACUCAGUUAGAAAGGGAAGUGCGUGCACGAGCAGAACAGAUUUUGUCAAGUACCACUCAUAUGGCUCCUCCUCAGCCAGCAGGUUCUCAGCCAGAUGUGAUUGCUGCAGCUGCUGUAGCUGCUGUUGGUGCAACAAUUUCUCAAUGGGAGAGGCUAAGACCCGCCAGAGGGGGUGCCAGUUCAGGAUUAGAAUCUAGUGCUGUUAUUUUAAGUCAGGGAUCUGUUUCAUCUUCCAUGAAGGACUCUCAUCAUUAUUCAAGUACUUUUACAGGGUCUUCUGGUGACAGGUCACGAUCUAGAGUUUCUCGUAGUGAGAAGUACUCUUCUAAUCGAUCAACUUCUAGCAAGAGUCGUAAGUCAUCUUCAGUUUCUGAAAGGAUAAGUGUUGCAAGUGCUGAUAGGUCUAAAAGUUCUGUGGCAGAAGAUUUACCCUCUAGUAUUCACUCAGCAAGUACAAAAUAUUCAGUAGAGGAACAGGUUUUGUCAGCAACUGAGUCAAGCAGAAGAUCAUCUGUGUCAGAGGAAAUUAGCACAGAAAGGAGCAUACCAACUGUUGGCCACAGAAAAACAACACAAUCUGAGACCUCUGUCCAAGAGGAGGAGGGCCUUGCAGGUACUACUACAUCACAAGAUAGGUCAGUGAUAGAAGAAGUGGAAAGUGAUGUGCAAAGUAACAGAUUGACUCAGAUGGAAUCGGUGUCGGAAGCCUUAAUUAGUACUAGAAUGUCCAAAAACGAUGAAACUGUACAGUCCUCUUAUGGAGAUAGACAAUCUACUCAUAUUACAGAAGAAACUCCUGGAUCAGGAAGUGGUUCUCAGGAAUUAAUUGAAGAUAUUGUUGGAACAAGUACUAAUGUUAGCAGUGGUUUAGUUUCUUCUACCAUGCGAGAAUCACUACCAUCAAAAACUGCAACAUCAUUGUCGGAGGUGUAUAGCAAGGAACCUUCAAAAAGUGAAAGUAGCCAAAUACAGGAAAGUAUCAGAUCCUCAAAGAACAGCAAGGAAUCGGUAUCGACAUCCAGGACAAAAUCUUCCUCCAUCACAUCAAAGUCACGCACAGAGUCAGUUCAGAAUGAGUCAAAGGAAAAGUCUGAUGUCUAUUCAGAAUCAUUUGAGGUGGAAUCUGGCAGUGACGGCUCAUCAUCUUCAUCAUCAGCCAUUCCUUCUCAGAGCAAGAGAGUAAGAGAUUACAAUGGAGACUUGUCAAUUGUUGUCACCUCGGCAAACAUUCUGACAGCCAUGGACCAGAUGGACUACACAGCUGGUGGUGGAUUACCCAGUGGGAUGUUGACUGGAGGGAGCAGUAGUGCACUAGGAAUGACACUAAACAUGAUGGAGUCGAUGCAGAAAGAGGAAGAACUACGGCACCAGCACCAAAAGGCACUUCUAAAAUUACAAGAACAAUCCCUAAUAGAAGAAGCAAGAUGGAAAUUAGCUGCCUUGCAAUCUGAGGGAGGUCCAGGGCUACGGAAAAAGCAACGAGCUGUCUUGCUACAGCUUCGGGAGCAAAGGGCACAUCUGCGGCGCUUGAUUGAGACACAGAACCUAGCUGCACAACAAAGGAGAUUAUUACUUUUGCAACAUUAUCAUCUCCUUGCUACCACAAAUGGUGCAGCAGCAGUUGGUGCCAGAGGAUGUGUGACUACCUCCCGAGGUCAGUCACCAAAUCCAACUUCACCUCGUUUGACUCCCAGAAUGAUGGAGAUCAACAUAUCUUCAUCAAGUGAGAGUCAGGAUGAUAUAUCAUUGCAUUUGUCCCUAAAGGGCAAGGAUGCAGGGUCCAGCAGUCCCUCAGAUGGAGGAGGGAGAGAGAAGCGGCGUUCACACUCAGAAGAACGCAAGAGAAUAAGUUCGAUGCGCUUGCAAGAAAAGCGGCGGGCAACUGAGGUAGAACUAUUGCACCAACAGCUGCUCCAGGAAGAAAAGGAGAUAUUCAGACUGAAGAGCCAGGACAAGGACCCAGGCAAAGUGAAAAGAAAGGGUGAAAUUGGAAGCAGAAGGCCAAGGGAUAAGAGAGAGAAGAGUCCAACUUCCUCCUCUCCUCUGGCCACACUGGUUCAGGACAGUGUGUCAUCAACUGGGAGCUCUGUCCCUGAAGAGAGUGUAGAUGCGUCUGCCCAUGACAGUCAGAGUUCAGUGCCUGAGGAAGGAGGAACAGAAUCUGUGUGUCAUAGUGAUGCCGCUUCUUCUGUGUCAGAGCAUGAUGGGCUCAGUUUGAGGAGUAAGUCCUCUAUUCCCCAAGAAUUAUCUGGUGCUAAGAAAUUACCAUCGAGUGAAGAAAUUGUUAGUGCAAGAUUAGCAGGUAGUGCUCGAAGUUCAUCUGCUCGAACCAUAGCAAGUGAGAUUCAGUCCUCACAUGUGAGUGAAGAUAUGGAAAAUGUGUCAUCUGCAAAGUACUCAAAAUCUAAAGAAAGCAAAUCAACACCCCAGUCUUCAGUCGAUACAAAAACUUCUAGAUCCAGUGAUAAAACAAGUAGCAUUAGAACACUAGUGAGUGAUGGUAAUUCCAAAAGCACAGACAGACCUAGUUCUGUAAAAUCUGAAGGAAAUGAGAAAACUUCCAAAUCUGCAGAGGGUCAGAGCACCAUAAAAACUAGCUCAAUAGUUUCAGAGAUACCGACACGUAGUAGAACAGACACUGCUGUUUCAGAGGAGGUGUCCAGAGAAACGAAAAGCCAAGCAGCAUCUGUCUCCUCACGAUCAGGAAAUGAGUCCAACCAUGCAAGCGAAAACAAGUCAGGGGAAGGAAGGUCUUCCAGUCAAAAACUUUCAUCUGCUAAGGCUUUGCCCCUUCCUAUUAGGGUACCACUGUCGCCACGCUCACCCCACAGGCACCACCGACGCUACUCAAGUGAAUCAGAUGACUCAUUCACUCUUUCACAAACAGAAACUGCUUCAGAUAUUUCUGAUGGGGAGGGAAAGCUUUUGGCUCUCAAGGAACAACUGGCCUCCAGACGAGCAGAAGCUGACCGCUUGCGGAGGGAGAAGCGCAGGCUGAGGAGGGAACGUCUUGCUUCUCAGGAACAUGCUCUGAGGCAGCAGAUCUCAGCUUAUGAUUCUUAUAUCCAGCAAGCUCGCAUGGAACUUGAAAAGGAAUCAAAAGAGCUUCAGCAAGCAUCCAUGGUCAGGCCUCUUAUUAAAAAACCACAAGUCGCCGAGACCAAGAAGUCAAGGCAGUCAGAAUCUAUUUUAACCAGUCCUGAUAGAUCAGAUAUCUCUGAAACCUCUAUUCUCUCAGAGGGUGCCAAGUCUGAACAGUCUGAAAAGUCCUCCUCAAAGUCAAAAGAAGAAAUUAUCAAGACAUCUAGCUCAGUAUCACCUAGAGAGUUAGAAUCACAGAAGUCCCAAGCAAAGAGCUUAUUGCCAGAAAGCAUUCACACACCAGUACAAAAUGAGAUAAUUGAGAAGCAGCCAGAGAAAACACCUGAUGUACUGGAUCCAACAGCACAAGCUCAACAGUGUGCCCUUGAAGAUGCUGAAACAUCUAGGGUUUCACGAACAUCAUCUAUCUCCGAGGAUUAUAGUUUUGAUGAAGAGACAACCACAACUGAACAUUCCAAUGAAAAUGCUUCUCCUUCCCCACACAAAUCUUUAUCUCAUGACUCCAGCCAAGACACAGAUCAUACUCCAUCUCAGGCCUCCAGCACCGAAACCAUUGUACAGAGUCCCAAGAAACAAGAUUCAGGGCCAAAGGAUGAUGAGGAAGACAGUAUUUUAAGUGAAAUUAGUGGUUUAGCAUCACAGCAUGAACAGGACAAAAGUAAAGAUGAGAGCAGAGUAAUAGACUUGAACAAGAUAGACCAUAGUAAGCAAGAGGAAGAAGACCAAAUUGAUGUGGAAUGUGAUCAACAAGAAUGCAAAUCAGAGAAAAAAGAACAUGUUGAUAGUCAAUUACCAAAUGUUUUAGCUGAAACUGAGAAAAAAUUAGAGAUUUUCAUACCAACCCCAGACUUGGGAUCUCAGGAAGGUUACGACUCAUCAGAACAAGAUAAAGAUACGAGCUUAGAAGGCAGUAUUGGUGAGGAAAUAGUAGAAGAACAAUAUGAAGAAAGUGGGGGUGAGGCAAGUGGUCAUAUUGCUGAUUCAAGAGAUGAUGCAUUUGCUCUCCAGUAUGCAGACAAGAAGCAAGAGGAGGAUCAUUCUGGCCCUCAGUCACUGGAUUUCAUUUCCCCCAGCAAAGAUGCUUCUUCAGAGAAGGUUAAUGAAGAUUUAUCAAAGGUUUCUCAAAAGAUUGAUUCUGUAGAGGAUGUACAUCCAGUGGAAGAGGAUGAUGGUCAGGCCCAUUCCCUAAGGACUCAGCGACUGGUUGAUGACAUUUCAAAUAAUCUGUUAGCUUCUAUGAUGAAGGAAACCUCUCAACUCUUCACUUCCAUUCUGAAAGAAAGAAACACAGGUUCAGACAUUUCUGAUGUUCAAGUUCCAAGAGAGGACCCUUCAGUAAGUUUUGUAGGUGAAGGAAUUCUCCCCAAGACUAAAACAGAAGUGCAGUCCUCUCACCUGGACGAUGAAAGCAAGAAUAAUGCAUCCCCCGCAAUUCACCCAGAAGAUCCUCCCACCUCCUCUGUAUCCAGUAGCAAGUCUCAGAUCCUGAAACGAGUGAGUGACUUGAUUGCAGAAGGCAACACAUCUCCUCGCUCUCCAUCUGUGACCUCUCCUCGGCAAAAUGAACUGGUGUUAACUCCUCAGUUAACAUUUGAUUUAAGCCCUGAUGUCCUUUCUCCAGCGUCUUCUACACCAGCCUCGCCAACCAAAGUUAGUGUCGGCUUGGAUAACAGAUUGCCUGAAAAGUCUACACCAUUUGAUAAAACUCCACAGCAAGAACAGGAAGAUAUGAUGUCUCCAACACACAGUCCCAGCAAGGGCCAAGGCAAUAACCUGGAUAUGGCAGCACUAACCAACAAAUUGUUGAACAUAGCUGCAACCCCUGAUCUCGAUCUUGAUGAUAAGCUGGGGCAGUUAGAUGGAGAUGACACUGAGUUCUCAGUGGAAGGGAUUGAAGGGAACUGGUUUGAUGACGACUUCUGGACCUCAGCGGACAAUCGCAAGAAACAGCAACAGUUGAAAGCGGAGGAGGAGAGGAUUGCUGCAGAGCUAUUCCAGAUUGCUCGUCUGGAGGAGUUACAGCGCCUGCAAGAACAGUUUCCUGGCUUAGUCAUCCGUGAAGUUCCGAACAAGCCGCCCCCACCGUACACACCUCCAACCUCCACAACUCCACCCUCUCUGUCUUCCGUUUCACCAUCAACAUCGCCCACCAUGCCACCUGCAUACUCUGUGGCAACCCCUCGUGGCGAUGAAGUCCCCCUCAAGACACCAAGUCCUGUCAAUACCAUCAGUGUUCCUCAUCGACUGAGCAAAGCAGAUUUGAGAAAACUUGCAACAGAGAUCUUCCACGUUGUGCCAAGCCGCAAGGAGGAGGUGAUGAGCCUAGUGAAAGAUGCCCUUGACUGCCUUCAUGAAGCCUGGGAAAGGGGUGUAGACCCUUUCCUUGUAGAACCUCCCGAUUCAUUCAUAACGUCUUCACCUCCUCUAAGGUAAGGGAGAAGGUUGUCG